CCUCUCUAGUGCCCACACUUAGAUAUCCUCAGGCAACUGGGGCAUCUUCAUGUCGACCUUUCUGUCAUGGUGAAGAUGCUCAACUACCAUGCACAUUGCAGAGAGACAAGCAGUAAGCCCUGCGGUUGCCUUUUCACAGGUGGAAUUCCAAUGCACCUGGUGAUGAAGCCACCUGAGCAGGUGAGGGUCCUGGUAACUUCUUGGUUUCCAGAAGUUUCACAUUUCAAGUAUCUGUCCAGUGUUAGGUUUUGAAGGGAAGGCGAGGGUCAAAGAAAGGCAGAGUAUUGGCAGCGCUAUAGCCAUUCAGAUUCUCUGUCCAGAAUAAGACCUGCAGAGAUGGGACACCAGGUUACUGCCAGUGCCCUCUGCUGCUUACAGGCUGGGGCAAUUAAAGGCCUGGGCGGGGGGCAUAGCCUGCUGCCCAGGAAUAUGUUGACGAGAUGUUCCAUAAUGAGGUGGUUUGUCCCUGUUUUGGGUGGGAUGUGAUAGGGUGUUCCUUGGAUCUUUGCCCAGCAGUAUAUGAUGGGGAUGUCCCUCAGCUGGGGCUUUGCCCGGCGGGGUAUGAUGAAAACAGCAGGUGGUGGACAGGAUGUUUCUCGCGGCCCGAAGCCCCGUGGAAUGUUUCACUUUGACUAGGGCCUGCAGAAUGGUGUGGGGCUUACAAAAUGGUGCAGUUUGAACUAAUAGGCAGCAUCAACAGAAAGAAAGCAACAAAAGACACUGUGGCCUGCAUCACUCACAGAACCGUGUAAUUCCAUCCUCACAACUCGCAAUGCCUAUACAACUGUCUUUCUCAUUUCAGAGCUGAAAGUAGUGAGGGUUGGUGUCAAAGUUCCUUCUAAGAGCCAGUAGAAUCGCCCUUCCACUACUCUUUUUCUGACUGCAAGACGUAUAAGCAGAAUUAUAGUUUUCAAAGAUAGGGGUUCUAGCCUUUCCCUCCCUCGACACAUGGGAUAGCCUAAGGAGAGAGGAUGGACUUUGCAGUCACACAGAUGUGCACUUACACAUCUGCAAAGUCCACUCCCUGCUAACUGACCUUGGGCAAAUUACCCCACGGGAUCUCAAUUCCCCACUAGAAAAUACAUAGAUAAUAAUAAAAAGCAACUAAAUGAUCACUUAGUGGCUGGCACCUACUCUGUGCUGGAUCUCCAGGUACAGCUGGAUGGGUCCACUCUGCACAUUUCUAUAGGAGAUACCUGAAGACCAGUUAUCUUUUACCUUCUGGACUUUGAGAGGAAUCAGGGAGUGCGAGGAUACUUUGACAUUGUUUAGAUCACAGAAAGUGUUUCACUGUUAAAUGUAAAAGGAGCAAGCAAACACCAAUACUCCCUGUUCAAGAAGGUUGGAGACACAGAAGAGGGAAGGGAUUGGAGGGAGGUUCCACAGCAGGGGCUGUGCCUGGUUGCUCCACCCUGAGGGAGCCAAGGAGGGCUUAGAAUGUUUGUGGUUUCCAUGGCUACAGCCCAGCCUGGGCAGCUGGAGGGAAGGAAGCGAUGGCCCAGGGGCGGGAGCCUGAAUAGAUGGAGUUUCAUCAUGUUGGCCAGGAUGGUCUCGAGGUCUUGAUCUCUUGACCUUGUGAUCCACCCACCUCGGUCUCCCAAAGUGCUGGGAUUAUAGGUGCGAGCCCCUGCGCCUGGCCCUCAGGGCGAUUCUCUGGCAUCCCUCUGCUGAGGGCAUUGGCUCUAGUAUUUGGCCGCCUUGGUUUACUCGGGGAAGGAUGGUUUGCUUCGCGCUGGAUGGAACAAGGCUCUCUGAGGAGGUUUACCUGAAGUGGAAGCACUGCAAGAUGCCAGGCGUGAAGACCCUGUGCAAUCUGAAGAAACUUCUGAACCAGCUUCAGAAAGACCAUCGGGAGGACAUCUACCUGUACAUCUCUGGACACCUGAACCCCAACAAGCUCUAUUAGACUCCUGAGACAGUCUUACAGCACUGGCCCAAUGCCAGACGGCCCUCGGAGCAGCGUGUCUCUGGGGUGGGAGAGCCGCCUGCAGGACAGGUGAUGAGGAUGAAGGAGGCCCUGGCCCACUUCACUAUACACAUGGCGCUGGUCCCCAGCGAUGCCCAGGACACGUCACUGUUCAGAAGGAAGUGCUCGCCAAGCAAGAUCUCCUGGGAAAUGACUUCACUGGGAGCAAGGUGGCCAAGGGCUAUGAGAAAAAGCUGCAGCAGGAGCUCCAGAAAAUUUGCACGUGCAGCCCUCAGCAGUUCAACAGACUGUACGUCUUUGGAAAAGUCUUUGAAGGAUGAAUACAAACUCUACAUGGCGACGCUCCUGGAGUCCCAGCCCCCAGUACAGUACGAGGCUCUUCUGGCUCAACUCAAGGGGCUGGAGCAGAGGCCAGUGAAGAUGGCAGACGUGGAUCUAGCCAGGGAAGAGCUGAGGAUGCUCGUGAAAGCCAUAAAAGCAGCCCUGGAGUGCAACGACAGAUACAAGAAGAUUGCCAUCUGCAGACCAGAAAGUGACCCCUCGGCAAGUACUGGAUCUGCUGGCACCUUCAUCUUGAACUGUCUAGCAUUUAGAACUGUGAGAAGAAAUGUUAGUUUUUUGGCUACCUAGUCUACAAUGAUUUGCUAUAGCAGCCCAAACUGACUAAGACAGAAAGUAUAGCCAUCUUAACAAUAUUAAGUCUUUCAAUCUAUGUACAUGAGAGAUCGUUCCAUUUAUUUAGGUCUUUAACUUCUUUCAGCAAUACUUGGUAGUUCUCAGUGUGUAAACGUUUCACUUCCCUGGUUAAAUUUAUUCCUAAGAGUUUGUUCUUUCUGGUGCUGUUUAAGUUAUUUUCUUAAUUUCAUUUUCCAAUUGUUCAUUGCUGGUGUAUAAAAAUACUACUGAUUUUUAUAUGUUGAUUUUAUAUAUUGCAACUAUUGAAAUCAUUUACUAACUCCAAUAGUUUAUUGGGGAAUUCUUUAGUAUUUUGUAUGUGAAAGAUGAUGUCAUCUGUGAGUAUAGAUAUUUUUAUCUCUUUUUUGAUUUGGAUGUCUUUUGUUUCUUUUUCUUGUCUAAUUGACUUAGCCAUCAAUUUCAGUACAAUGUUGAAUAUAAGUGUCAAGGUCAGACAUCCUUUUCGUGUUCCUGAUAUUAGGGGAAAUGCUUUCAGUCUUUCACCAGUAAGUAUGAUGAUGGUGGUGAGUUUUUCAUUAAUGCCCUUUAGUUUAGAAGCCCUCUUCUAUUUCUAGUUUGUUGUUUUAAAAAUCAUUAACAGAUACUGGAUUUUUUCAAAUGCUUUUUCUGCAUCAACUGAGAUAAUCAUGUCAGGGGUUUCCCACUCUUUGUUCUAUUACUAUGGCGUGUGUAGUGGUUCAAAUAGUAUCCCCCCAAAAUUUAUUCACCCAGAACCUCAGAAUGUGACCUUAUUUUGAGUAGGGUCUUUGCAGAUAUAAUUACUUAAGGAUUAAGAUGAGAUCAUACUUGGUUAAGGUGUCAUUAUAAGAAGAAGGGAGAACACACAGAGAUGGAGAUGUGGGCUAUGUGAAGACAGAGCCAGACAUUGGAGUGAUGGCAAAGAAUACCAAAGAUUGCUGGGAGCCACCAAAAGCUAGAAAGAUUUCUUCCCUAGAGUCUUCAGAGGGAGCAAGACCCUGCCAACAACUUGAUUUCAGAUUUCCAGCCACCAGAACUGUAAAAUAGUACAUUUCUAUUGUUUUAACCCACUCAAUGUGUGGGUAAUUCAUUUCACCAGAAACUAACAGAGUAUAUUACUUUGGUUUUCCUAUUUUAAUUCACCCUUGCAUUCCAAGGACAACUCCCACUUUUUCAUGGUGUAUAAUUUAGUAUGCUGCUGGAUUGAAUUUGCUAGUAUUUUGUUAUGGAUUUCUGCAUUUAUGUCCAUAAGGGAUAUUGGUUUAUAGUUUUCUUCUGAUGUCUUUGUCUGGCUUUGGCAUCAGGGCAAUACUUUCCUCAUAUAAUUAGGAAAUAAUCUCUCUUCAAGUUUUUGGAAGAGAUUGAGACAUACUAGUUUUAGAAAGAUCAGCUCUUUUUUAAAGUAUUUGGUAGAGUUCACUAGUGCAUCAUCUGGUCCUGAGCUUUUCUUUUUGAAAGUUUUUUUGAUGACUGAUUUGAUUCCCUUUUCAAAAGUGUAUUCAGAUAUUUUAAAUUUCUUCUUAAAUUUUGAUAGCUUGAUUCUAGGAACUUGACCAUGUCAUCUAGUAUACAUAGUUUGUAAUCAUUUAUAGCAUUCAUAACCCCUUUUACAUCUAUAAGAUUGACAGUAUUGUCCCCACUUUCAUUCCUUAUUUUAUUAAUUUGAGACUUUUCUCCUUUUUCUUUGAUCAGUCUAGCUAAAAGCUUAUUAAUUUUGUUGAUCUUUUCAAAGAAUAAACUUUUUAUUCUGUAGAUUCUAUUGUUUUCAUGUCCUCAAUUUCAUUUCUUUUUGUUUUCAUCUCUUAUUUUUUUCCUUCUGCUGGCUGUGGAUUUAGCUUUCUAGUUUUCUCUUCUUUUUUUAGUUCCUCAAAGUAUAAAGUUAAGUUAUUACUUUGAGCUUUCAUUUUUUAAAUAUGAAUUCCCCACUGCGGGCUUUUGCUUUUACUAUACUUCAUAAGUUUUGUUAUUGUUGUGUUUUUAUUUUUAUUUAUUUUAACAUAUUUUAAAAUUCAUCUUCAAAAUAUUUCCCUAGUGAUUUCUUCUUUGAUUCAUUGGUUGUUUAAAGAGUUUGUUGUUUUAUUUCUACAUAGUAUUUGUGAAUUUUCCGGAUUUUCUUGUUGUUGAUUUCUAAUCUCAUUCCAUUGUGGUCAGAGAAGAUACUUUUUUAACUUUUAAAAUUUAUUGAGACUAAAUUUGUGGCAUAACAUUGGUCUGCCUUGCACAAUGUUGUAUGUACACUUAGGAAGGUGUAUUUUCCUCUUGGGUAGAGUAUGCUACAUAUUUCUAUUACGUUUAGUUGCUUUGUAGUAUUAUUCAAAUCUUCUAUUUCUUUGUUUAUAUUUAGUUUAUAUUUAUUUUGUAAUAUAUCUAUUAUUGAAGAAAGUCUCUAACUUUUCUGUUGACUGCUGGUCUCUAUUAAACUAUUAUUAAACUAUUUCUCCCUCCCAUUCUUGUAGUUUUUGCUCAACAUCUUUGGGGCUCUUUUUAGGCACAUAUGUUUAUAAUUGCUCCUUCUUGAUGGAUUGACACUUUACUAUUCUAUGUCCUUGUUAGAUGUGUAGGCUCGUGUUUGCAGAGAGUUCUAGGAUUUGAGGGUUGAUCAAGGACAAAGACAUGACCAUAAAAUGCAGUUACUAUGUAACAUUAAGAGGGCAUAACAGGUAAAGCACCUAGCAAAUCAAGAAACAUUAGCUCCCUGGGAGACAAAACAUAUUAAUAAUUGCUUUGCCAUCUUCCUUCUAGGCCCAUACUAAGGGUUCACUGUUUAAUAGUGAAAAUUGAAAAAAUCAAGGCUGUGACUCUAAAAUUUUGAUGAACAAAAUCACUUUUUGAGUAAUAAUGGAAGAAAAUGUGCCUACUGAAAUAGGGUUAAAAGUUAGUCUUAUAUUUUUCUUACAAAAACAAAGGUUUGAUAAACAGACUUAUUUUUGUAUACCCAUUGGGUACUUGAAUAAAAGUGCUCAUCAAAAUGGAAAUACCUCUACUUCUUCUGUCUUCCAUUCACAUCACUAUGUAUCCACUAACAUUGGAGUCCCACAUCUCAUUUGUUAACAACUCCUGACCACUUUGCUUUUCCUGAACAGUUCUUGAACCUGCCAUUCUAUAUUCCCACUACCACUGCUUCAGUUUGUGCUUACAUUUCAUACUUGGAUUAUCAAAUGGCCAAACUAGUCUUUUUUUGCCUCCUUUUUGAUCUUUUUCUAUAUUUAUUUUCUAUUAUGCCUUUAGACUUUUACUAAAAAUGAAUUAAAUGAUGGCAUUGUUUUGCUAAUAUCAAUUAACAGGUGCUUCCCAUCACGUACAGGGGUGAUUUUUUUAAGAUACAUUCCUAGAAGACUCAAGACUCAAUAGAAUACCUGUCUCUAAGGGAGGGAAGACAGAAGCUAGAUGGGUAAGGUUCCCUUGUCAUCACUGUUCAACCUUCAAUCACAGUUGCUUAAUGUGUUUAUAUGUCUGUGUUUUUGUUUGUAAAAAGAAUUCCCAAAUUCAAGCUCUUUACAAUGUUGUUCAUAAACUAUUCAGAUUUAAUUUACCAUUGAUUGCUGUUCACAAGUCCUAAACUUCUAGCCAUUUCUAAGUCUUCAGUUUGCUGAAUUAGAAAUGUCAUUUCAUGCCUUCAUGUUUUGAACAGCCAUUUCUUCUACUUGUAGUGUUACUCUCUACAUGGCUUGGGAAACUUCUUAAACAACCUUUGCUUAGAGAUGAGGAACAUCUGUCAUGUCGCUAGGCAGUUUUAUUUCUCUCUCUGUUCCUAUAGCACAUUCUACACAAUGUCAUUAUAACCUCUACCACUCUUUCAUUUUUUCAUCAUUUACGAAUACCUGUGACUUUAGAUGAGUAACUUAACCUCUUUGGUUUCAUCAUCUUUAAAAUAGCGAUAAGUGUAACAUCUAGCUUAGAGAUGUUGGGAGGGUUUAACAUGGUAAUUCAUGAAAGGGCUUGGAAGACUGCCUAGCACAUUAGAUUGAUUCAAAUGUCAGAUAAAACAAUUAUUAGUAACACCACCACCACCACUUCUCAUCUACAUGGGUAUUUUAAACUGUGAGCUGUAAGGGCUUAUUUUUGUACGCCUAGCGCACAGCUCAUGUUGGAAGGAAUUGAUCUACAUUAUCUAAUAUGCAGUAUAAAUAUGGUCACUCAUUUAAUAUCCUCAGGUUGAAAUUAUUUGUUCCAGAUAUGGUUUGGAUAUGUGUCCCCACCCAAAUCUCAUAUCAAAUUGUAAUCCUCAAUGUUGGAGGAUGGGCCUGGUGGGAGGUGACUGAAUCAUGGGGAUCAGAUUUCCCCCUUUCCUUUCUGAGAGUGAGUUCUUCCAAAAUCUGGUUUUAAAUGUGUGUAGCACCAGACCCUUCUCCAUUCCAGCCAUGUGAAGAUGUGUCUGCAUCCCCUUUGCCUUCUACCUGAUUGGAAGGUUCCUGAGGCCUCUCUAGCCAUGCUACCAGCCUGCAGAAACAUAUGCCCAUUAGCCCUCUUUUCUUUAUAAAUGACUCGGUCUCAGGUAUUUCUUUACAGCAGUACAAGAAUGGACUAAUGCAGCUCCCUCAUGCCUUCAGCUUCUUUUUGCAAGACAUAUUAAUAUGAAUAGUCUACCUAAGAGUAUGCUUUUUGCAGAAAAUUAAAACAAGUUUGAUUUAUGUGGAUGUUAAAGAUAAUUUAUUUUUACCUAGUGUUUCAACAGACUCAUCUCUUUUUGUUUUUUUAGACAGAGCCUCACUCUGUUGCCCAGGCUGGAGUGCAGUAGCCCCAUCUCCGCUCACUGCAACCUCUGCCUCCUGGGUUCAAGUGAUUCUCCUACUUCAGCUUCCUGAGUAACUGGGGUUAUAAGUGCACACCACCACACCCAGCUAAUCUUAGUAUUUUUAGUAGAGACAGGAUUUCACCAUGUUGGCCAGGCUGGUCUCAAACUCCUGACCUCAGGUGAUCUGCCCCCGUCGGCCUCCCAAAGUGCUGGGACUACAGGUGUGAGCCACCACACCUGGCUUCAAUAGACUAAUCCAAUUGGAACAGAUACCCAUUGUGAAUGUCAACUUAACUGGCCCAUGAUGCCCAGACAUGUGGUUGAACAUUAUUCUGAAUGAUUCUGUGAGAGUGUUUUCGGAUGAGAUCAGCAUUUAAAUCAGUGGAUUUAAACAGAUUGCCUUUUCUAAUGUGAAUGGGUUUCAUCCAAUGAGUUGAAGUCCUAGAUGGAAAGACUCACCUCCUCCAGCAAAGGGAAACUCUGAUGCAGAUAGCCUUUGAACUUGAACUGCAGUGCAGUUAACCCCUGGAUCUCUAGCAUGAUGGCUUUCGGACUUGAACUCAACAUAGCUCUUCCCUUCCCUGGUCUCCAGUCUGCUGGCCCACCCUACAAGUUUGGACUUGCCCCCAAAACCAUGUGAACCAAUUCUUGAAAAUAAAUCUUUCUCUAUACACA